AUGGCAUCAGCGCUUCCUCUUUUGCUUCAGCUUGGCCUGACUGCAGCAUUUCAACCUGGUUCAGUCGAUACUAUCUUGUCCGACGAUCGGCAACAGACAUCACAUUACAGUAGUCCAACGAGGAUGAUGAUACCACAACGAGGAUCACAUAAUAAUCACCGACUUUCGAUAUACCAACGGUCAGCUACUGCUUCUGAUGAAACAGAAGAUUCAUUGAUAGACGAAGAAAAACAGGUUUCCUCACAAUAUGACUGGGAUGAACAAUUUGAGAUACUCCAAUCGUUCAAGGAGGAAUACGGGCACUGUAACUUUCCCCAGAACAAUGCACCAGCAGUGGAGCUCGAAAAUCAAUAUCCAACUCUGGCAAAGUUUUGUCAGGACCAACGCGGAGAAUCCAAGAAAAAGUUGUCCAGUCCUCAACGUCGUCGACUAGAGGAACUUGGAUUUGAAUUUAAUUCCCAAUGUGCUCUAUGGUAUGACACGUACCAUCAACUAAUUCAGUAUCGCAAUGACAAUGGACAUUUGCGUGUGAGGAGCAAGGAGAACAGUAAGCUUUAUAGAUGGAUCAGAACGCAGUGCAGUAAACGGAAAGGGACCAAAGGGUAUUCAAAAAUUUCCAACGCUCAAAUUGAGCUGUUGGAUAACAUCGGUUUCGAGUGGGACCCGAAGUCGGAACAUGAUGAGUCAUGGAUGAAGACAUACAAAGAGCUUGUUGACUUUCGUAACAAACAUGGGCAUUUAUUGGUCGAGUCGGAUGCGAAGCUAGCUUUAUGGAUGAACAAGCAACGGUGGCGAUGUGCCGGAAAUUCCUCCUGGUAUUCUCCUCUCUCCGACGAGCAAAUUGGAUUAUUGAAUGAAAUUGAAUUCCCAUGGCAACCAGAGCGGCAUGACUUGAAAUGGCACGCCAAAUACAAGGAGCUUGAAGGGUUCCAAAAGGAGUAUGGGCAUUGUCGGCCGAGUACAAUCCAAGAUCGCCCUCUCUACGAAUGGUCAAACGCACAACGCAAGAAACGUCAUAAAGGCUCUCUCUCCACCCAGCGAAUCCAGAUGCUGGACAAGAUCAACUUCUCUUGGGAAAGCAAACGUGGCAACCGGGCAAAUAUGCUCGCUGAACUCAACAGCUACUACAAUCAGCACGGUCACCUUCAGGUCAGCGAAGAUGAAUAUCCAGGGCUCUACGAAUGGACGAGAUUGCAACGGAAACGUUAUCACGGGAUCAUCGAGAAACAGCCAAUGCCAGACAAACAAAUCGACGAAAUGGAAGCGGUCAACUUUUGCUGGUCACUAGAUUGGAAGGAAUGGGUGUGGCAUGAAAAGUAUACGGAAGCAGCCGAGUUCUACAAGGAACACAGUCAUGUCCGGGUCCAAGAGAAGGAAAAUCCUAGUCUCUACAAUUGGAUUGCAACGCAAGGAAAGAGGUACGAGGGAACCAAGGGUCAAAAACCACUAUCCGACGACGAAUUGGAACUAUUGGAGCAGAUUGACUUUGCUUUCUUCGAAAAGCAGCCUCCAAUGUCCUGGAAUACGAUGUAUGCCAAACUAGAGAGAUAUCGAGAGGAGAAUGAUGGGCAGUUUCCUACUCACCAAGAUGACCCGGAGCUGAACCGUUGGAUGAGACAACAGCGCAAGAGACUUAGAUGUGAGUAUGGAUAUGUUGCACUUUUAGACGAGCAAAAGUCAAUGUUGGAGAGUAUCGAAUUUCCUAUGUUGCCAAUUGGGAAACACAGGCGCGUGUGGUAUGAAAAGUACGAUGAGCUGGUCGAGUUUCGGGAGCAACAUGGACACUUUCUGGUUGAUCGAACCGGAAACCCUGAUCUAUAUGAAUGGGUUUCCAAGCAGCGCACGACAUACACAGGGAGGACUCCUCCUACCUACAGGCCAUUAUUCAUAUCAGAGCAGUAUCUCUUGGAUCGAAUUGGCUUUCCAUGGACAUCUGAUCGUCAUGAAGUGGAGUGGCAAAUGAUGUACAAGGAGCUUGUUCAAUUUCAACAGGAACAUGGGCAUAUGCAAGUUACAAUUGUGGAGUACCCAGCCCUCUACGCAUGGAUCUCAUUUCAAAGAGACAGGUAUAAAAAACUAGACCUUUCUAGCAUGCCACAACACCAAAUCGAGCAAUUAAACAAGAUUGGUUUUCGCUGGAGGGCAAUUGAUGAGGUCAACGUUGAGUGA